CCAAACGUGACAGCUUGGACGAAACAAACCACGAAUUACGUUGACAUACCUUACAAGAGACGGAAACGAUCACCACGAGAACGAACCGACGCUGGGGUUUGACUUUGACGCAAUCUCCCCAGCCUUUGAUUGCCAACAGGGACGCAAGAGCUUAUAAGCGGCCGCGGAGAUUUGCUCCAGGGAAGAAGGGAUUACGACCGGGGGGUGGUCUGGGAGUUUCUUAUUGCGAACCGCAGAGGAAAGCUCGAUAAUGCUCCGCCGGUAGCGAGAUUCGCAAGACAAGAAGACAGAGCGCACGACCGUCCUUUCUCAACGACACCUAGACAAACGCUCUCUCCCUUCCAUCCGACGACGACCACGAAAACGACGACCCAUUCGACCAUCUACAUUGCUCCAGAAACCUACCUACCACAGCGUUCCCCGAAAUCCGAAGCAAACAACCGUCCGAAACAACCGUGACCCUCAUCCGCCAUGCCCCGCCGUCGCAAGCCGCCCCGGCCGGGCGCCCUUAACGACCUACCGCCGUUGCGCAUCGCUGCGCAAAUCGCGGCGCUACAAGGACUGUACUAUGCCGGGGCACUGGUGUUGAUGCUCUUCUCAGCGCUUGUCGCUGGUACGGGGUUCACGUUGGAUCUUGUCUUUGGGUGGGAGGCUGUUCGGGGGGAUACGACGCAGGGGUGGCUGGGAGCUUUCUUGUGGGUUCUCGAUGGGGGUUUCUGCAUGGCCGUCGCAAUCAUCAUCCUCAUCGGUCGUUCAAAACUCGUGCCCGACUUCGCGCUGACGAUGCAUGGUCUACACCUCGUCGUCACGAGCCUAUACACCGGCCGCAUCCCACGGAACGCAAUGUGGUGGGGUGCUAUGGCGGCCAGUUCGGGUAUCUGUGUGGCGUUGGCCGUUUGGGGGUCCAGAUACCGCGAGCUGAGGCCAAUAUCGUUCGGCGGAGGAGGCGGUGCAAAUGCCGGAGGCGGUGCUGGGAGCAGUGGUGACGGUGCCGCGCAGAAUGGUGGCACCGGAGACGAGGAAGAUGGGCUUGGGUUCUCGAGGGGACGAGGACGCGGGAGGGGGAGGGAUGGCGAGGGCGGGUAUGAGAUGGUCGGGAUGGAUCAUGAGAGACGGAAUUCUUGAUUGAGCUGAGUAGCUUUGAGAGAGUGGGAUGGCAGCAGAAGGGGGUUUGGGACUAGCCGCGAGGCUGGAGGGUAUGACACAUCAUUGCUUGGCGUUAUCGGGAUGUACGAGUAUCGAGGAUAGACGAUCCGGAUUGUGUACAGUUUACAUGGCUGCGAUGACGCAGGAAUAGACACUUUGAAGGCCUCGAGACUUCUUAGUUUCGAACAAGCUGCGAAAAUCUUCAGGCUCAUUCUGAUGUCGGUUCUUUCAGGCUGCUGGUUACUUGAGGGUCCCAUACCAAGUUGACUGAGGUCUACCGAAAGCCGUCAUGCGUAAGCAUCUAUUCGACCCACU